AGGACGUGAGGUCUGGCUCUUUCCCCAGCAGACAGACAACAUAUGACGCUCCAUGUCACUUUACCGGACACAUUUACACGCGUUUUCAUGCGAAAUUGUGCCCUUUUUAGACAGCGACACUGUUGCCUCGUCCUUGUGUCUCCAGACGCACCAGUGUGGCUCAUUUAGCCUUGAUGACAUCAUGAUGAGGACUCUGGUCUUUUAGCCGAACACAAGCCCAAAUACUCCCUCCGUACUGUACGGUGUGCAUUGAUUGACAGGCUUUGAUUGGUUACUGGUAAUCGAUGUGCAGUAGCCGCGCGCUGUGAGGUGGGAAACUGGUUUUAUCUUGUUUACAAAGAUAGCUAAAAUCACGGCAGAGCGGGGAAGGCGAGCCUCAUGAGUUGGCCUCGUGGCUUGCAUCGACACAAUGGAUUUAUCUAAAAUGGGUAUGAUCCAGCUCCAGAACCCCAACCAUCCCACCGGCCUCCUGCUGAAGGCCAACCAGAUGCGUCUGGCGGGGACUUUGUGCGACGUGGUCAUCAUGGUGGACAACCAGGAGUUCCACGCUCACCGAACUGUCCUCGCCUGCACCAGCAAAAUGUUCGAGAUCCUCUUCCACCGCAGCAGCCAGCACUACACCCUGGACUUUCUCUCACCAAAGACUUUCCAGCAGAUUCUGGAGUACGCUUACACUGCCACGCUGCAGGCCAAGGUGGAGGACCUGGACGACCUUCUCUACGCCGCGGAGAUCCUGGAGAUCGAGUACCUGGAAGAGCAAUGCCUCAAGAUCCUGGAGACCAUUCAGUCCUCGGAUGAGAACGACGUGGAGGUCGGAGGCAGCGCGGAGGAAGAAGACGACCGCAAAGGAGCCAAAAACUCCAAAAAGCAUUCCAUGGAGGGGUCUUAUCUGACCGGAGCCCAGCAGAUGGCCAUCAUGACGGGAAUGGUGGAUCAAAGCCCGUCUGUUUCCACUUCUUUCGGCAUGUCCAACCUGAGUCCCACUAAAGCUGCCGUGGACAGUCUGAUGAGCAUCGGACAGUCUCUGCUCCAGCAGGGCUUCGGCGGGGAACAUCUGCUCCACCACGCCAACUCCAACCAGCUGAUGACCGAGAUCAAGACCGAGAUGAUGCAAGUAGACAUGGGAGGCAACGGCCACGACAGCCCGCCCAACAUGGAGUCCAGCGCCUCUAGCAACGGAGAGCGAAUGGGCGAGGACAGGAACCGAGACGGACCGGGAACCCCGACCAGGAGCAGCGUGAUCACCAGCGCCCGCGAGCUGCACUACGUCCGCGACGACCAGCAAGUUGACAUGAGCCAAAUGGGGCUGGAAGCAAUGGCGGGGAUGACGGAGAAACAUCUCGCCUCGCUCUAUUCCCUUCCCGUCAAUCACAAAUCGGACGGCCUCAUGUCCAUGCCGGCGGCCAUGGCAGCGUCCAUGGCCUCUCAACUGCCCAUGUCCCCGGCCCUGGCCAUGUCGAUGGACUUCAGCGCCUACGGGGCUCUCCUGCCGCAGAGCUUCAUCCAGAGAGAGUUCUUCAGCAAGCUGGGAGAACUGGCGGUCGGCAUGAAACCGGACGGCAGGAACCAGCACGAGCGAUGCAACGUGUGCGGCGUAGAACUUCCAGAUAACGAGGCUGUGGAGCAACACAAGAAGAUGCACAGUGGAAUGAAGACCUACGGCUGUGAGUUGUGUGGAAAGAGUUUCCUGGACAGCCUCCGUCUCCGGAUGCAUUUGCUGUCUCAUUCAGGUGAGGAAAUCAAACGCACCCAAAACCCUAAAACCACACUACGAUCACUGUCGAGCUACGCCUGUUUGGUUUCCUGCUGAUUGUAGGCAGUGGUGGAAAGUGAAUGUACUCAAGUAUUACUUUAAAUUAAUGGACAACUUGCUUUCACACAUCCUGCUGUAAACAUAAUAGUUUUAAGGGUGUGAAACACCCCGUUUCUGUGAUUUCUGGAUUAAAAACUGCUCUGAGAAACUUCACCAAA